ACGAGGGCGCGACCGCCCCCCCCGGCCGGGGCGGCGCGCUGCCCGGCAAGGCUGCGACGUCAGCGGCGGCGGCGGCGGCGGCGGCGGGCGCGCCGCCGCGGCCGUCUCAGCCGGGGGCCGGCCGCGCGAGCUCGGGGCUGCCUGCGGAUGUGGGGCGGCUCAGGGACCAGCUGACAGAUCUGACCGUUUGA